AUGGCGGGUAUUGGAUCCAUAUUCGGUGGAUUCAAGUUCCUGUCCAAGCCAACUGCGAAGAGCGGAAAACGAGCACGGAAUGAUGGUGGCCUCAGUGAAGAUCUCUCCGCAUUUGAACGGGCGCUUGAUGAUGCGAGACCGGCACUUCUGGAACGUGGAAAGCUGAGGACGGUGAACGAAUGCUCGAAAUUUAUCGAUGAUACAAAAGAGUUACUUAACAACAACCGGAAUCUACAAGAAAAGCGCUCGUCGGCGCUUAUCUCGCGGUUGCACGGAUAUAUUUUGUUGUUAAACAUCGCAGUGAACUCGCCAGCUCCAGGAACACAAGAUGCCAUUCACGAACUAGAUGCGAUGCCAGUUUUCGAGCCAUUUGGUAUUCCAGCUUCUGAGCUAGAUGCCAGAGUGGUGCACGAACUAGAAGGCCACGUCCUUCAAAUGAGUAUCGGAACGGAUGGCGGGGACCUUGAAACCUCGGAGGCGCCCUUAUCCGACAAUUCAUCCGUGUCACACAUCGCUGAAUCCACGGACUUCCAAGUUGAUCAAAUGGAAACAGCACCUCCUUAUAGAAGAACAACUCGCACGGACAUCGCCUCCUAUCAACGUCCAUUUAGCUGCUCGACCAGCCGCAGCUUUACGAGUUUAACAACAUUGUCAAGCAGCCAUUUCUAUCCUUCACGCACAGAAUCCACCCAGUUUACAUCAAGCAGAGCAGACUCUGAAUUUGCCAAAGCGCUUAAAGAUAACCGCAUUAGUAUCGCUACAAUUUUGAAAUGUGUAAAGGAUAGCAGGAAGAGAUCGCAGCUUAGCCAAGAAUCCAUCAAUAAGGCGUUGAUUUUUGUCUCAAAACACCGAAGACACAAAGAUAGCCAAAUUCAAAUUGAAGCGAUCAACGUCCUGCUGAAGCAGUGCGUAGCAGAUAUCGAGUAUCGGGAUGAGGGUUAUGGGCGAACGCCGCUGAUAUGGGCCGUCCACACGGAGCGGGAAGAUAUUGUGAAUAUUCUUCUUGAUAAUAAUGCCUCCAUUGAAGGAAUGGAUACCGUCAAACAAUGUUCACCACUCAUCUGGGCAGUUUGCCUGGGCCAUGAAGUGAUCAUUCGACUCCUGAUCGGAAGGGGAGCCAGCCUACGAGCAGCGGAUCCGGCCUUCGAACGAACGCCUCUUCUGUGGGCUACAAAGAAAGGUGCUUUCAAAAUCGCUAAAUUGCUUUUGGAGUUCAUCCAAGACCCAUACGUGGUUGAUCUCAGGGACAAAGAUGGGAAAACGGCGCUUGCUCUCGCAUACACCGAAAACCACCAAAUCACAGCGAACGCACUCCUGGAAGCAGGUGCAGAUCCGAAUUUCACUUUCAAAUCUGGUCGUCCACUACUAAUAUCAGCAAUCAUGGGAAAGGACUGGCGUUUUGUUCAUCUGCUCGUAAACAAGGGAGCCAAUAAAAACAUUGCAGACCCUGAAGGUUUGACAGCGCGAGAUUGGGCCCGACGCACCAGGGACAGGAAGAUAAUCAGUCUUGUUUGCUCGGGAGGAUGA